AUGGCGAGCAUAGCUGGAGCAUUGCUGGAUAUGUUUCCAUCUUUAUUAGUCACAGCCAGAUUACCGAACCAUCGGGACCAUGUCUGCAGCACCUGGGGGAACAAUCACUUUAAGACCUUCGAUGGAGACGUCUACCAAUUUCCAGGAACAUGUGACUAUAAUUUUGUGACUGACUGUAACUCACAAAGUAAAGAGUUCUCCGUUCAUAUUAAACGUACCAUUUAUAAGGGACACCCCAAAAUACAUGGCAUCACAGCAAAGAUCAAGGAUAUUGUGAUUUACAUGACACCAAAAUUUAUAGUCAUCAAUGAAGAAAUAGUCUCGCUCCCUUACUUUGGGCCUGGUGUGUAUGUAGAACAUAACACUCAGUACACUAAAGUCUACGGAAAAUCUGGGAUAACUCUGAUGUGGAAUAGAGGAGAUGCUCUUAUGAUUGAGCUCGAUAUAAAAUAUCACAAUCAGACCUGUGGGCUCUGUGGAGAUUAUAAUGGGAUUCCUGUUUACAACGAGUUCAUCGUAGAUGGUCUGAAGCGUUCACCCAUUCACUUCGGAAACCUGCAGAAAAUACAUAUGCCAAACGAGAUAUGUCAAGAUAUCGACGAGCAUGAGAUGGAAACCCGUGCGCUGUGUGAACAAUACAGGGAUGCCUGUGAAAAUCUUCUCUCAAAAAGCACGUUUUCAGACUGUACGUCCCGCUUAAACAACGAGCACUACAUACAGGCCUGCAUGCAGGACAUGUGUAGCUGCAACAAAGUUUUGGACUCCUUCUGCCUGUGCAGUACCAUCUCCGAAUAUUCACGGCAAUGCUCUCAUGCUGGAGGCAAGCCAAAAAACUGGAGGACAGAAACAUUCUGCCCAAAGAAGUGCCCUUUAAACAUGAUCUACAAGGAAAGUGGUUCUCCCUGCAUGGACUCUUGUUCUCACCUCGACACAAGCAUCUUGUGUGAGGAACACUAUAUGGAUGGUUGCUUCUGCCCCCCAGGAAUGGUCCUUGACGAUUACUCUGACUCUGGAUGCAUCAAGGUGAAAGACUGCAAAUGUACACUGAAAGGCAAACACUACAAUCCAGGCACCAUGAUUUCAUCUGAGUGUGAAGAAUGUGUCUGCAAUGGCGGUAAAUGGCUAUGCAAAAACAUGCCUUGUCCUGGUGUGUGCACCCUUGAGGGUGGAGCGCACGUCUCCACUUUUGAUGGCCUGGAAUACACAUUUCAUGGUGACUGCUAUUACAUUCUUUCCAAGGUCUGUGAUCAACAGCUUUAUACUUUACUGGGAGAGAUAGUGCCGUGUGGAACAAUAGCAACUGAAACCUGCCUAAACACUGUGGUGUUAUCAACAGACCAUAAACGCAAUAUCCUUGUUUUUAAAAAUGAUGGUAAUGUUAUCAUGAAUGGUGCAAGGAUGACUUUGCCUCUGGUAACAGCAAACUAUACAGUGUUCAGACCAUCAACAUUCCACAUACUGCUGGAAUCUAAACUUGGUCUGCAACUACAGAUCCAGCUGGUUCCUCGGAUGCAAGUCUACAUAACAUUGGACCAAUCUUAUAAGGGGAAGACAUGUGGUUUCUGUGGGAAUUUUAAUGACAUUCUGCACGAUGACUUCAAGGCAAGUAACGGAUUGAUUGAGGGCACGGCUACACCAUUUGCCAACUCUUGGAAGGCCCAGCACAGCUGCCCCUCUGUAUUAGAUCAUCUGGAAGAUCCCUGUGCCAUUAGCAUUGAAAACCAAAACUAUGCUGAAUAUUGGUGCGCCCUUCUGAAAAAGCCUGAAGGAGAAUUUUCUCCUUGCCAUGCUACCAUCAAUCCAAAUGAGUACUUCAAGAAAUGUAAAUACGACAGCUGCAACUGUGAUGAAAACGAGGACUGUAUGUGUGCUGCCAUAUACUCCUAUGUGCGAGCAUGUGCGACCAAAGGAGUCAUAUUAACCAACUGGCGAAGAAAUGCGUGCAGCUCCUACACAAAAAGCUGCCCAGAGACACAGACGUACGAUUAUGACAUGAAGAGCUGCAGGCGUACUUGUCAUUCACUAAGUGAGAAAGACGUCACUUGUGGAAUCCAACAUGUGCCGGUGGAUGGAUGCGGAUGCAAGGAAGGAACAUAUAUGAACGAGAAAGACAAAUGUGUGCCCUCUAUCCAAUGCCCAUGCCUCUAUCAGGGCUCCCUCCUAAACCCUGGAGAACUUUUCAGAAUAGGAGAUACACAUUGUGUAUGUAAAAAUGGAAAGGUUCAGUGCACUAGAUUACUGGCAAGAUCGAUGGGUAAGCAUAUGGUCAACAUCAACUGUGAUACAACUGAGCCAGGCACAACAGGGGUAGAAUGUCGAAGGACCUGUAGGAGCCUGGGUCUUGAAUGCUACAGUGAAAAGUGUGUGUCAGGUUGCGUUUGCCCUGAGGGGCUCCUGGACGAUGGAAAUGGAACCUGCGUGACAGAGGAGAAGUGCCCUUGUAUGCACAAUAAUAUACAAUACAAUCCAGGAAGGACACUUGCAGUCGACUGUAACACUUGCACCUGUACGAAAGGCAACUGGACCUGUUCCGAAAAUCAGUGCCUUGGAACUUGUACAAUAUAUGGUAGUGGUCACUACAUCACAUUUGAUGGCAAGCGUUAUAACUUUGAGGGAGAUUGUGAAUAUAUUGCUGCCCAGGACUACUGCGGAGAUAAUAAAAGCAAUGGAACCUUCAGCGUAAUCACAGAAAAUAUUCCCUGUGGAACCACUGGGACAACUUGCUCAAAAACAAUCAAGCUUUUUUUCCAGAAUUUUGAACUGAAGUUAGCAGAAGGGAAGCACGAAUUGAUUCAUCGAAAUGACAACAAAAAAAUCCCUUUCACUAUCCGAACUCUGGGACUUUACCUUACAGUUGAAACUACUACCGGAUUACUUCUAAUAUGGGACAAAAAAACUACUAUUUCUAUUAAGCUGAACCCUUCUUACAAGCAUAAUACCUGUGGCUUAUGUGGUAACUUUGAUGGAAAUGCCAACAAUGACUUGAUGACAAGAGGCCGGUCCGUCGUUACAGAAGUGACUGAGUUUGGCAAUUCCUGGAAGCAGGGAACCUCUUGUCCCGAUGCUGUGGCCGAUCGUGAUCCUUGCAUUAUGAAUCCACAUCGUAAAGCCUGGGCAGAGAAGCAGUGCAGUAUAAUCACGAGCGACGCCUUCAAAGAUUGUUCCACGACGGUUGACCCGGCUCCAUAUUUCGAAGCUUGUGUCCAUGAUUCCUGCUCGUGUGACAGUGGUGGAGACUGCGAGUGUUUUUGCACAGCUGUAGCUGCCUAUGGGAGUGCAUGUAAUGUAUCUGGGAUAUGUGUUAACUGGAGGACCCCUGACAUCUGUCCCAUGUACUGCAGUUUCUACAACCCUAAACCUGAAAUGUGUAAAUGGCAUUAUCAUCCUUGUGGAGUCCACUGCUUUAAAAAUUGCCUCAACCCUCAAGGUCUCUGCAAUGCCACGUUACAGCUUGAAGGUUGCUACCCUAAAUGUCCGGAGGAAACACCUAUUUAUGACGAACAUACCAAGCAAUGCGUUGCUGAAUGUGGCUGUUAUGAUAAUGGAAAGCAUUAUGAAAUUAAUGAAACAAUAGAAACCACCAAUAACUGUGAAACAUGCCUGUGCACACCAGAUGGCAUUAAAUGCAUGAAUGACAGCAGUGCUUGUGUGUGUAUAUAUAAUGGCACGGUGUAUCAGCCGAAUGACGUUAUCUACAAUAUAAGUGAUGGCCUUGGGCAGUGCAUCACAGCAAUCUGUGCUGAAAACGGAACAAUUAUUAGAACAUUUGAGCCAUGUGAAAGUUUCACAACCGCAGCAACGCCAUUACCAUCAUCUUCAAUCACCGCUAGUACAGUGAUUUUGACAUCAACGCCACCUUUCUCCACAACCAGCAAACCAUUGACCUCAACUUGUGUGAUCGUGGAACAAUGCGAAUGGAGCAAAUGGAUAAGUGUAAGCAAACCGACACAUGGUUACGGCGGAGGGGAUAUUGAAACAUAUGAUAAAAUCAAUGAGAAAGGAGACCUGCCCUGCAAUGCUCCAAGCAGGAUUGAGUGCAGAGCAACACAUGCACCAGAAGUGGAUCUCGAAGACCUCGAACAGACAGUGCAGUGUAAUGUUUCCUUUGGGCUGACAUGCAGAAACAAGGAUCAACAUCCAGUGAAACAGUGCUAUGACUAUGAAAUACAGGUACGGUGCUGUGACUUCAUUUGCCAACCUCCAACAACAACACCAGAGCCAACCACAACCUCAAGUCCCACAACACCAACUCAGUUACACACAAGCCCCACAACUCCUGAAACAGGAACAACAUCCAAAACACCUCAUACCACUGAAAUCACAACAAGUACAACAGGUCCCACUACACCUACAACAGAGCAGAUUACCUCUACAUCUCCAGUCUCAGGUACAUCAGAAAGUACUACACCAGAAUUGACCACAAUUUGUACAACUGAACUAACAGAAACUACUGAAUUACCUACAACCACCAAGUCCACAAGCACUACCCAGACCCCAUUGGUGCCCACAAGCACAACUCCGGAAACAGGAACAACGUCCACAACCACAAGCUCAACAUCAUCGGAAACCACAACACUGCCCACUCACACCCCAACAACCGUCCCAACAACAGUUACAAAAACACCACAUUCAACCACUUUUACAACCACAACCGUAAGUCCCACGACACCAACUCAGUUACGCACGACCCCCACAACUCCUGAAACAGGAACAACGUCCACAACCCCUCAUACAAUUGAAACCACAACCAGAGCAACUGGUUCCACUUCACCUACAACAGAGCACACAACCACAACGCCUCCAGUGUCAGGAACACCACAAAGUUCCACACCUGAACUGACCACAACUUCCACAACUGCAAAAACUGAAUCUACCGAAACACCAUUUACCACCAAGUCAAUAGGAACUACUGAAACUACACAGGUGAUCUCAACCAAAACACCUCAAACACAAACAAGAUCCACCACGACCACAUCAACACCAACUGAAACCACGACAAUACAGACGCACAGCUCCUCAACUGGCACAAGCUCAGAAACAAAAACACCAUAUUCUACCAUUGCUACAAGCACCACAGGAAGUCCCACAACACCAAUACAGGUACACACGAGCCCCACAUCUCAAGGCAGAGAGACAACAUCAACAACACCUCAUACCACUGAAAUCACAACCAGUACAACUCGUCCCACUACACCUACAACAAAGCAGAUUACCUCUACAUCUCCAGUCUCAGGUACACCAGUAAGUACUACACCAGAAUUGACCACAACUUAUACAACUGAACUAACAGAAAUUACUGAAUUACCUACAACCACCAAGUCCCCAGGAACCAUCCAAACCCCAUUGGUGCCCACAAGCACAACUCCGGAAACAGAAACAACGUCCACAACCACAAGCUCAACAUCAUCGGAAACCACAACACUGCCCACUCACACCCCAACAACCGUCCCAACAACAGUAACAAAAACACCACAUUCAACCACUUUUACAACCACAACCGCUAGUCCCACGACACCAACUCAGUUACACCCGAGCUCCACAACUCCUGAAACAGGAACAACGUCCACAACCCCUCAUACAAUUGAAACCACAACCAGAGCAACUGGUUCCACUUCACCUACAACAGAGCACACAACCACAAUGCCUCCAGUGUCAGGAACACCACAAAGUUCCACACCUGAACUGACCACAACUUCCACAACCGCAAAAACUGAAUCUACCGAAACACCAUUUACCACCAAGUCAAUAGGAACUACUGAAACUACACAGGUGAUCACAACCAAAACAGCUCAAACACAAACAAGAUCCACCACGACCACAUCACCACCAACUGAAACCACGACAAUACAGACGCACAGCUCAUCAACUGGCACAAGCUCAGAAACAAAAACACCAUAUUCUACCAUUGCUACAAGCACCACAGGAAGUCCCACAACACCAACACAGGUACACACGAGCCCCACAUCUCAAGGCAGAGAGACAACAUCAACAACACCUCAUACCACUGAAAUCACAACCAGUACAACUCGUCCCACUACACCUACAACAAAGCAGAUUACCUCUACAUCUCCAGUCUCAGGUACUACACCAGAAUUGACCACAACUUGUACAACUGAACUAACAGAAACUACUGAAUUACCUACAACCACCAAGUCCACAGGAACUACCCAAACCCCAUUGGUGCCCACAAGCACAACUCCGGAAACAGAAACAACGUCCACAACCACAAGCUCAACACCAUCGGAAACCACAACACUGCCCACUCACACCCCAACAACCGUCCCAACAACAGAACAACGUCCACAACCCCUCAUACAAUUGAAACCACAACCAGAGCAACAUGGUUCCACUUCACCUACAACAGAGCACACAACCACAAUGCCUCCAGUGUCAGGAACACCACAAAGUUCCACACCUGAACUGACCACAACUUCCACAACUGCAAAAACUGAAUCUACCGAAACACCAUUUACCACCAAGUCAAUAGGAACUACUGAAACUACACAGGUGAUCUCAACCAAAACACCUCAAACACAAACAAGAUCCACCACGACCACAUCAACACCAACUGAAACCACGACAAUACAGACGCACAGCUCAUCAACUGGCACAAGCACAGAAUCAAAAACACCAUAUUCUACCAUUGCUACAAGCACCACAGGAAGUACCACAACACCAACACAGGUACACACGAGCCCCACAUCUCAAGGCAGAGAGACAACAUCAACAACACCUCAUACCACUGAAAUCACAACCAGUACAACUCGUCCCACUACACCUACAACAAAGCAGAUUACCUCUACAUCUCCAGUCUCAGGUACACCAGUAAGUACUACACCAGAAUUGACCACAACUUGUACAACUGAACUAACAGAAACUACUGAAUUACCUACAACCACCAAGUCCACAGGAACUACCCAAACCCCAUUGGUGCCCACAAGCACAACUCCGGAAACAGAAACAACGUCCACAACCACAAGCUCAACAUCAUCGGAAACCACAACACUGCCCACUCACACCCCAACAACCGUCCCAACAACAUCAAUAGGAACUACUGAGACUACACAGGUGAUCUCAACCAAAACACCUCAAACACAAACAAGAUCCACCACGACCACAUCAACACCAACUGAAACCACGACAAUACAGACGCACAGCUCAUCAACUGGCACAAGCACAGAAUCAAAAACACCAUAUUCUACCAUUGCUACAAGCACCACAGGAAGUCCCACAACACCAACACAGGUACACACGAGCCCCACAUCUCAAGGCAGAGAGACAACAUCAACAACACCUCAUACCACUGAAAUCACAACCAGUACAACUCGUCCCACUACACCUACAACAAAGCAGAUUACCUCUACAUCUCCAGUCUCAGGUACUACACCAGAAUUGACCACAACUUGUACAACUGAACUAACAGAAACUACUGAAUUACCUACAACCACCAAGUCCACAGGAACUACCCAAACCCCAUUGGUGCCCACAAGCACAACUCCGGAAACAGAAACAACGUCCACAACCACAAGCUCAACACCAUCGGAAACCACAACACUGCCCACUCACACCCCAACAACCGUCCCAACAACAGUAACAAAAACACCACAUUCAACCACUUUUACAACCACAACCGCUAGUCCCACGACACCAACUCAGUUACACCCGAGCUCCACAACUCCUGAAACAGGAACAACGUCCACAACCCCUCAUACAAUUGAAACCACAACCAGAGCAACUGGUUCCACUUCACCUACAACAGAGCACACAACCACAAUGCCUCCAGUGUCAGGAACACCACAAAGUUCCACACCUGAACUGACCACAACUUCCACAACUGCAAAAACUGAAUCUACCGAAACACCAUUUACCACCAAGUCAAUAGGAACUACUGAAACUACACAGGUGAUCUCAACCAAAACACCUCAAACACAAACAAGAUCCACCACGACCACAUCAACACCAACUGAAACCACGACAAUACAGACGCACAGCUCAUCAACUGGCACAAGCACAGAAUCAAAAACACCAUAUUCUACCAUUGCUACAAGCACCACAGGAAGUACCACAACACCAACACAGGUACACACGAGCCCCACAUCUCAAGGCAGAGAGACAACAUCAACAACACCUCAUACCACUGAAAUCACAACCAGUACAACUCGUCCCACUACACCUACAACAAAGCAGAUUACCUCUACAUCUCCAGUCUCAGGUACACCAGUAAGUACUACACCAGAAUUGACCACAACUUGUACAACUGAACUAACAGAAACUACUGAAUUACCUACAACCACCAAGUCCACAGGAACUACCCAAACCCCAUUGGUGCCCACAAGCACAACUCCGGAAACAGAAACAAUGUCCACAACCACACGCUCAACAUCAUCGGAAACCACAACACUGCCCACUCACACCCCAACAACCGUCCCAACAACAGUAACAAAAACACCAACACUUUCAACCACAACCGCUAGUCCCACGACACCAACUCAGUUACACACGAGCUCCACAACUCCUGAAACAGGAACAACGUCCACAACCCCUCAUACAAUUGAAACCACAACCAGAGCAACUGGUUCCACUUCACCUACAACAGAGCACACAACCACAAUGCCUCCAGUGUCAGGAACACCACAAAGUUCCACACCUGAACUGACCACAACUUCCACAACUGCAAAAACUGAAUCUACCGAAACACCAUUUACCACCAAGUCAAUAGGAACUACUGAAACUACACAGGUGAUCUCAACCAAAACACCUCAAACACAAACAAGAUCCACCACGACCACAUCAACACCAACUGAAACCACGACAAUACAGACGCACAGCUCAUCAACUGGCACAAGCUCAGAAACAAAAACACCAUAUUCUACCAUUGCUACAAGCACCACAGGAAGUCCCACAACACCAACACAGAAACUACUGAAUUACCUACAACCACCAAGUCCACAGGAACUACCCAAACCCCAUUGGUGCCCACAAGCACAACUCCGGAAACAGGAAACAACGUCCACAACCACAAGCUCAACAUCAUCGGAAACCACAACACUGCCCACUCACACCCCAACAACCGUCCCAACAACAGUAACAAAAACACCACAUUCAACCACUUUUACAACCACAACCGCUAGUCCCACGACACCAACUCAGUUACACCCGAGCUCCACAACUCCUGAAACAGGAACAACGUCCACAACCCCUCAUACAAUUGAAACCACAACCAGAGCAACUGGUUCCACUUCACCUACAACAGAGCACACAACCACAAUGCCUCCAGUGUCAGGAACACUACAAAGUUCCACACCUGAACUGACCACAACUUCCACAACUGCAAAAACUGAAUCUACCGAAACACCAUUUACCACCAAGUCAAUAGGAACUACUGAAACUACACAGGUGAUCUCAACCAAAACACCUCAAACACAAACAAGAUCCACCACGACCACAUCAACACCAACUGAAACCACGACAAUACAGACGCACAGCUCAUCAACUGGCACAAGCACAGAAUCAAAAACACCAUAUUCUACCAUUGCUACAAGCACCACAGGAAGUCCCACAACACCAACACAGGUACACACGAGCCCCACAUCUCAAGGCAGAGAGACAACAUCAACAACCCCUCAUACCACUGAAAUCACAACCAGUACAACUCGUCCCACUACACCUACAACAAAGCAGAUUACCUCUACAUCUCCAGUCUCAGUCCACAGGAACUACCCAAACCCCAUUGGUGCCCACAAGCACAACUCCGGAAACAGAAACAACGUCCACAACCACAAGCUCAACAUCAUCGGAAACCACAACACUGCCCACUCACACCCCAACAACCGUCCCAACAACAGUAACAAAAACACCACAUUCAACCACUUUACAACCACAACCGCUAGUCCCACGACACCAACUCAGUUACACCCGAGCUCCACAACUCCUGAAACAGGAACAACGUCCACAACCCCUCAUACAAUUGAAACCACAACCAGAGCAACUGGUUCCACUUCACCUACAACAGAGCACACAACCACAAUGCCUCCAGUGUCAGGAACACCACAAAGUUCCACACCUGAACUGACCACAACUUCCACAACUGCAAAAACUGAAUCUACCGAAACACCAUUUACCACCAAGUCAAUAGGAACUACUGAAACUACACAGGUGAUCUCAACCAAAACACCUCAAACACAAACAAGAUCCACCACGACCACAUCAACACCAACUGAAACCACGACAAUACAGACGCACAGCUCAUCAACUGGCACAAGCACAGAAUCAAAAACACCAUAUUCUACCAUUGCUACAAGCACCACAGGAAGUCCCACAACACCAACACAGGUACACACGAGCCCCACAUCUCAAGGCAGAGAGACAACAUCAACAACCCCUCAUACCACUGAAAUCACAACCAGUACAACUCGUCCCACCAAACCUAUAACAGAGCAGAUUAACGCUACAGCUCCAGUCUCAGGUACACCAGUAAGUACUACACCAGUAAGUACUACACCAGAAUUGACCACAACUUGUACAACUGAACUAACAGAAACUACUGAAUUACCUACAACCACCAAGUCCACAGGAACUAUCCAAACCCCAUUGGUGCCCACAAGCACAACUCCGGAAACAGGAACAACGUCCACAACCACAAGCUCAACAUCAUCGGAAACCACAACACUGCCCACUCACACCCCAACAAGCAUCCCAACAACAGUAACAAAAACACCACAUUCAACCACUUUUACAACCACAACCGCAAGUCCCACGACAACAACUCAGUUACACACGAGCUCCACAACUCCUGAAACAGGAACAACGUCCACAACCCCUCAUACAAUUGAAACCACAACCAGAACAACUGGUUCCACUUCACCUACAACAGAGCACACAACCACAACGCCUCCAGUGUCAGGAACACCACAAAGUUCCACACCUGAACUGACCACAACUUCCACAACUGUAAAAACUGAAUCUACUGAAACACCAUUUACCACCAAGUCAAUAGGAACUACUGAAACUACACAGGUGAUCACAACCAAAACACCUCAAACACAAACAAGAUCCACCACGACCACAUCAACACCAACUGAAACCACGACAAUACAGACGCACAGCUCAUCAACUGGCACAAGCUCAGAAACAAAAACACCAUAUUCUACCAUUGCUACAAGCACCACAGGAAGUCCCACAACACCAACACAGGUACACACGAACCCCACAUCUCAAGGCAGAGAGACAACAUCAACAACACCUCAUACCACUGAAAUCACAACCAGUACAACUCGUCCCACUACACCUACAACAAAGCAGAUUACCUCUACAUCUCCAGUCUCAGGUACUACACCAGAAUUGACCACAACUUGUACAACUGAACUAACAGAAACUACUGAAUUACCUACAACCACCAAGUCCACAGGAACUACCCAAACCCCAUUGGUGCCCACAAGCACAACUCCGGAAACAGAAACAACGUCCACAACCACAAGCUCAACAUCAUCGGAAACCACAACACUGCCCACUCACACCCCAACAACCGUCCCAACAACAGUAACAAAAACACCACAUUCAACCACUUUUACAACCACAACCGCUAGACCCACGACACCAACUCAGUUACACCCGAGCUCCACAACUCCUGAAACAGGAACAACGUCCACAACCCCUCAUACAAUUGAAACCACAACCAGAGCAACUGGUUCCACUUCACCUACAACAGAGCACACAACCACAAUGCCUCCAGUGUCAGGAACACUACAAAGUUCCACACCUGAACUGACCACAACUUCCACAACUGCAAAAACUGGAUCUACCGAAACACCAUUUACCACCAAGUCAAUAGGAACUACUGAAACUACACAGGUGAUCUCAACCAAAACACCUCAAACACAAACAAGAUCCACCACGACCACAUCAACACCAACUGAAACCACGACAAUACAGACGCACAGCUCAUCAACUGGCACAAGCACAGAAUCAAAAACACCAUAUUCUACCAUUGCUACAAGCACCACAGGAAGUCCCACAACACCAACACAGGUACACACGAGCCCCACAUCUCAAGGCAGAGAGACAACAUCAACAACCCCUCAUACCACUGAAAUCACAACCAGUACAACUCGUCCCACCAAACCUAUAACAGAGCAGAUUAACGCUACAGCUCCAGUCUCAGGUACACCAGUAAGUACUACACCAGUAAGUACUACACCAGAAUUGACCACAACUUGUACAACUGAACUAACAGAAACUACUGAAUUACCUACAACCACCAAGUCCACAGGAACUAUCCAAACCCCAUUGGUGCCCACAAGCACAACUCCGGAAACAGGAACAACGUCCACAACCACAAGCUCAACAUCAUCGGAAACCACAACACUGCCCACUCACACCUCAACAAGCUUCCCAACAACAGUAACAAAAACACCACAUUCAACCACUUUCACAACCACAACCGCUAGUCCCACGACACCAACUCAGUUACACACGAGCUCCACAACUCCUGAAACAGGAACAACGUCCACAACCCCUCAUACAAUUGAAACCACAACCAGAACAACUGGUUCCAGUUCACCUACAACAGAGCACCCAACCACAACGCCUCCAGUGUCAGGAACACCACAAAGUUCCACACCUGAACUGACCACAACUUCCACAACUGCAAAAACUGAAUCUACCGAAACACCAUUUACCACCAAGUCAAUAGGAACUACUGAAACUACACAGGUGAUCUCAACCAAAACACCUCAAACACAAACAAGAUCCACCACGACCACAUCAACACCAACUGAAACCACGACAAUACAGACGCACAGCUCAUCAACUGGCACAAGCUCAGAAACAAAAACACCAUAUUCUACCAUUGCUACAAGCACCACAGGAAGUCCCACAACACCAACACAGGUACACACGAACCCCACAUCUCAAGGCAGAGAGACAACAUCAACAACACCUCAUACCACUGAAAUCACAACCAGUACAACUCGUCCCACUACACCUACAACAAAGCAGAUUACCUCUACAUCUCCAGUCUCAGGUACACCAGUAAGUACUACACCAGAAUUGACCACAACUUGUACAACUGAACUAACAGAAACUACUGAAUUACCUACAACCACCAAGUCCACAGGAACUACCCAAACCCCAUUGGUGCCCACAAGCACAACUCCGGAAACAGAAACAAUGUCCACAACCACACGCUCAACAUCAUCGGAAACCACAACACUGCCCACUCACACCCCAACAACCGUCCCAACAACAGUAACAAAAACACCACAUUCAACCACAACCGCUAGUCCCACGACACCAACUCAGUUACACACGAGCUCCACAACUCCUGAAACAGGAACAACGUCCACAACCCCUCAUACAAUUGAAACCACAACCAGAGCAACUGGUUCCACUUCACCUACAACAGAGCACACAACCACAAUGCCUCCAGUGUCAGGAACACCACAAAGUUCUACACCUGAACUGACCACAACUUCCACAACUGCAAAAACUGAAUCUACCGAAACACCAUUUACCACCAAGUCAAUAGGAACUACUGAAACUACACAGGUGAUCUCAACCAAAACACCUCAAACACAAACAAGAUCCACCACGACCACAUCAACACCAACUGAAACCACGACAAUACAGACGCACAGCUCAUCAACUGGCACAAGCACAGAAUCAAAAACACCAUAUUCUACCAUUGCUACAAGCACCACAGGAAGUCCCACAACACCAACACAGGUACACACGAGCCCCACAUCUCAAGGCAGAGAGACAACAUCAACAACCCCUCAUACCACUGAAAUCACAACCAGUACAACUCGUCCCACCAAACCUAUAACAGAGCAGAUUAACUCUACACCUCCAGUCUCAGGUACACCAGUAAGUACAACACCAGUAAGUACUACACCAGAAUUGACCACAACUUGUACAACUGAACUAACAGAAACUACUGAAUUACCUACAACCACCAAGUCCACAGGAACUACCCAAACCCCAUUGGUGCCCACAAGCACAACUCCGGAAACAGGAACAACGUCCACAACCACAAGCUCAACAUCAUCGGAAACCACAACACUGUCCACUCACACCCCAACAACCAUCCCAACAACAGUAACAAAAACACCACAUUCAACCACUUUUACAACCACAACCGCAAGUCCCACAACACCAACUCAGUUACACCCGAGCUCCACAACUCCUGAAACAGGAACAACGUCCACAACCCCUCAUACAAUUGAAACCACAACCAGAGCAACUGGUUCCACUUCACCUACAACAGAGCACACAACCACAACGCCUCCAGUGUCAGGAACACCACAAAGUUCCACACCUGAACUGACCACAACUUCCACAACUGCAAAAACUGAAUCUACCGAAACACCAUUUACCACCAAGUCAAUAGGAACUACUGAAACUACACAGGUGAUCUCAACCAAAACACCUCAAACACAAACAAGAUCCACCACGACCACAUCAACACCAACUGAAACCACGACAAUACAGACGCACAGCUCAUCAACUGGCACAAGCUCAGAAACAAAAACACCAUAUUCUACCAUUGCUACAAGCACCACAGGAAGUCCCACAACACCAACACAGGUACACACGAACCCCACAUCUCAAGGCAGAGAGACAACAUCAACAACACCUCAUACCACUGAAAUCACAACCAGUACAACUCGUCCCACUACACCUACAACAAAGCAGAUUACCUCUACAUCUCCAGUCUCAGGUACACCAGUAAGUACUACACCAGAAUUGACCACAACUUGUACAACUGAACUAACAGAAACUACUGAAUUACCUACAACCACCAAGUCCACAGGAACUACCCAAACCCCAUUGGUGCCCACAAGCACAACUCCGGAAACAGAAACAAUGUCCAUAACCACAAGCUCAACAUCAUCGGAAACCACAACACUGCCCACUCACACCCCAACAACCGUCCCAACAACAGUAACAAAAACACCACAUUCAACCACAACCGCUAGUCCCACGACACCAACUCAGUUACACACGAGCUCCACAACUCCUGAAACAGGAACAACGUCCACAACCCCUCAUACAAUUGAAACCACAACCAGAGCAACUGGUUCCACUUCACCUACAACAGAGCACACAACCACAAUGCCUCCAGUGUCAGGAACACCACAAAGUUCCACACCUGAACUGACCACAACUUCCACAACUGCAAAAACUGAAUCUACCGAAACACCAUUUACCACCAAGUCAAUAGGAACUACUGAAACUACACAGGUGAUCUCAACCAAAACACCUCAAACACAAACAAGAUCCACCACGACCACAUCAACACCAACUGAAACCACGACAAUACAGACGCACAGCUCAUCAACUGGCACAAGCACAGAAUCAAAAACACCAUAUUCUACCAUUGCUACAAGCACCACAGGAAGUCCCACAACACCAACACAGGUACACACGAGCCCCACAUCUCAAGGCAGAGAGACAACAUCAACAACCCCUCAUACCACUGAAAUCACAACCAGUACAACUCGUCCCACCAAACCUAUAACAGAGCAGAUUAACUCUACACCUCCAGUCUCAGGUACACCAGUAAGUACAACACCAGUAAGUACUACACCAGAAUUGACCACAACUUGUACAACUGAACUAACAGAAACUACUGAAUUACCUACAACUACCAAGUCCACAGGAACUACCCAAACCCCAUUGGUGCCCACAAGCACAACUCCGGAAACAGGAACAACGUCCACAACCACAAGCUCAACAUCAUCGGAAACCACAACACUGUCCACUCACACCCCAACAACCGUCCCAACAACAGUAACAAAAACACCACAUUCAACCACUUUUACAACCACAACCGCAAGUCCCACAACACCAACUCAGUUACACCCGAGCUCCACAACUCCUGAAACAGGAACAACGUCCACAACCCCUCAUACAAUUGAAACCACAACCAGAGCAACUGGUUCCACUUCACCUACAACAGAGCACACAACCACAACGCCUCCAGUGUCAGGAACACCACAAAGUUCCACACCUGAACUGACCACAACUUCCACAACUGCAAAAACUGAAUCUACCGAAACACCAUUUACCACCAAGUCAAUAGGAACUACUGAAACUACACAGGUGAUCUCAACCAAAACACCUCAAACACAAACAAGAUCCACCACGACCACAUCAACACCAACUGAAACCACGACAAUACAGACGCACAGCUCAUCAACUGGCACAAGCUCAGAAACAAAAACACCAUAUUCUACCAUUGCUACAAGCACCACAGGAAGUCCCACAACACCAACACAGGUACACACGAACCCCACAUCUCAAGGCAGAGAGACAACAUCAACAACACCUCAUACCACUGAAAUCACAACCAGUACAACUCGUCCCACUACACCUACAACAAAGCAGAUUACCUCUACAUCUCCAGUCUCAGGUACACCAGUAAGUACUACACCAGAAUUGACCACAACUUGUACAACUGAACUAACAGAAACUACUGAAUUACCUACAACCACCAAGUCCACAGGAACUACCCAAACCCCAUUGGUGCCCACAAGCACAACUCCGGAAACAGAAACAAUGUCCACAACCACAAGCUCAACAUCAUCGGAAACCACAACACUGCCCACUCACACCCCAACAACCGUCCCAACAACAGUAACAAAAACACCACAUUCAACCACAACCGCUAGUCCCACGACACCAACUCAGUUACACACGAGCUCCACAACUCCUGAAACAGGAACAACGUCCACAACCCCUCAUACAAUUGAAACCACAACCAGAGCAACUGGUUCCACUUCACCUACAACAGAGCACACAACCACAAUGCCUCCAGUGUCAGGAACACCACAAAGUUCCACACCUGAACUGACCACAACUUCCACAACUGCAAAAACUGAAUCUACCGAAACACCAUUUACCACCAAGUCAAUAGGAACUACUGAAACUACACAGGUGAUCUCAACCAAAACACCUCAAACACAAACAAGAUCCACCACGACCACAUCAACACCAACUGAAACCACGACAAUACAGACGCACAGCUCAUCAACUGGCACAAGCACAGAAUCAAAAACACCAUAUUCUACCAUUGCUACAAGCACCACAGGAAGUCCCACAACACCAACACAGGUACACACGAGCCCCACAUCUCAAGGCAGAGAGACAACAUCAACAACCCCUCAUACCACUGAAAUCACAACCAGUACAACUCGUCCCACCAAACCUAUAACAGAGCAGAUUAACUCUACACCUCCAGUCUCAGGUACACCAGUAAGUACAACACCAGUAAGUACUACACCAGAAUUGACCACAACUUGUACAACUGAACUAACAGAAACUACUGAAUUACCUACAACCACCAAGUCCACAGGAACUACCCAAACCCCAUUGGUGCCCACAAGCACAACUCCGGAAACAGGAACAACGUCCACAACCACAAGCUCAACAUCAUCGGAAACCACAACACUGCCCACUCACACCCCAACAACCGUCCCAACAAUAGUAACAAAAACACCACAUUCAACCACUUUUACAACCACAACCGCAAGUCCCACAACACCAACUCAGUUACACCCGAGCUCCACAACUCCUGAAACAGGAACAACGUCCACAACCCCUCAUACAAUUGAAACCACAACCAGAGCAACUGGUUCCACUUCACCUACAACAGAGCACACAACCACAACGCCUCCAGUGUCAGGAACACCACAAAGUUCCACACCUGAACUGACCACAACUUCCACAACUGCAAAAACUGAAUCUACCGAAACACCAUUUACCACCAAGUCAAUAGGAACUACUGAAACUACACAGGUGAUCUCAACCAAAACACCUCAAACACAAACAAGAUCCACCACGACCACAUCAACACCAACUGAAACCACGACAAUACAGACGCACAGCUCAUCAACCGGCACAAGCUCAGAAACAAAAACACCAUAUUCUACCAUUGCUACAAGCACCACAGGAAGUCCCACAACACCAACACAGGUACACACGAACCCCACAUCUCAAGGCAGAGAGACAACAUCAACAACACCUCAUACCACUGAAAUCACAACCAGUACAACUCGUCCCACUACACCUACAACAAAGCAGAUUACCUCUACAUCUCCAGUCUCAGGUACACCAGUAAGUACUACACCAGAAUUGACCACAACUUGUACAACUGAACUAACAGAAACUACUGAAUUACCUACAACCACCAAGUCCACAGGAACUACCCAAACCCCAUUGGUGCCCACAAGCACAACUCCGGAAACAGGAACAACGUCCACAACCACAAGCUCAACAUCAUCGGAAACCACAACACUGCCCACUCACACCCCAACAACCGUCCCAACAACAGUAACAAAAACACCACAUUCAACCACAUUUACUACCACAACCGGAAGUCCCACAACACCAACUCAGUUACACACGACCCCCACAACUCCUGAAACAGGAACAACGUCCACAACCCCUCAUACAAUUGAAACAGAAUCAGCUCCAACCUCCAGCAGAGUCACUGUAAACCAGUCUUCGUCUUCAACCGCCGCAUGGACUACUACCACUGCCGUCACUGUUCGACUCACCACUGGUAGAUCAUCAACUUCUUUGUCUGCAUCUACGACCGGGAUGCCCUCAACAUUUUCUUCCCGACCUACUGGUUCCAUUGAACACUCUACCCUUUCUCCAACCACAAGUUCUUCGCCUCCCACCACAGAAUGUGUCUGCAUUGUGAAUGGAACUGUGUAUUCCCAAGAUUCAAUUAUAUACAACUACACUGAUAAAGCUGGAUUUUGCAUCUAUGCAAAGUGUAAUGAUACCUGUGACAUUGAAAAACAUAUCCGGCCCUGUGGAAGCACAAUGCCACCGUUAACAAGUGUACCUACAAGCAGUACCAGCCGUCCAACAUUGUCAACUGAACCUAUCACCAUACUUCCAGGAUGUCCCGUUCUUAAACCACCAAGGGAGUAUAAUGAGAGCUGGCUGCUGUGCGAUUGUAUGAUGGCAAAAUGUAUAGAAAAAAACAUUGUUGCUUUAUCCCCCGUGGUGUGUCCCACCAGCGCACCUAUUCAAUGUGCCAAUGGCCAUAUUCCAAUCAAGGUUUAUGAUGAAAAUAAGUGUUGCUACCAUUACGAGUGUAACUGCCAUUGCAAUGGAUGGGGAGGCUCACAUAUUGUUACCUUCGACGGACAGUAUUAUAACUAUGACGGAAGCUGCACCUACGUGCUUGUGGAAAAUACAAAGCCAUCAGGUCAAAAUUUUGGUGUUUACAUUGACAAUUACUACUGCGACACACAAGACAGCCUCUCCUGCCAGCGGGGUAUCAUCGUGAAAUUUGAAAAACUUGACAUACAAAUCAGGAAUAUUGCUGCAGAUGAAAUUCAUAAUCUGGUAAAAAUCAAUGGAAAACUUGUGUCUCUACCAUAUUCAAAACAUGGAGUGAAGAUCAUCAGUUUGGGCAUUAAUAUAAUUGUUGACAUACCCCAAUUAAAGGCCCAGGUCACUUUCAGUAGUUUUGCUUUUGCAAUCAAACUCCCGAGUGAAAUAUUUGGAAACAAGACACAAGGGCAGUGUGGAACAUGUAAUAAUAUUCUGCAUGAUGACUGCAUGCUACCCAACGGAAAGAUCGCAUCCUCUUGCUCUGAAAUGGCUGAUUACUGGCAAGUCCCAAAUUCCGGUAAACCAAACUGUAAUGGACCAUCCAUAUCGCUGACCACACCACGACCUCAAGUGACAAAUGUUCCUCAAACAACUCAAAAACCUUGCCGCUCCAACUCUCUCUGUGGGCUCAUCACCAGCAAUGAGGAACCCCUAGGAGGCAGUGAUCAUAAUUUGAUAGAGUUCAACCUGCAAUUUGAGAGGAAGAAGCCAAAAUCAGAUAUCAUCGGUACUACACAGUUGGGUAAAGGUUGCAACAGAGAGAAGUGGAAUUUCUUCACACCGGGUCCCCAUUGUCCUUUGUCCCCCCCUCCUUUAAUGAUCUUUAUUAUUUCUAGGCUGUUUGCACAAUGUCAUGCCAUGGUUCCACCAGACUCCUACUACCAGGCAUGCAUUCACGAUGAGUGUCUGACAACAAGUACUUCCGUCAUGUGCUCCAGUUUGCAAAGUUAUGCAGAGACAUGCAUGAGGCACGGUAUCUGCGUUGAAUGGAGAAAUUCCACACGUGGGGAAUGUUUGUUUAAUUGUCCUUCAAACAAGAUGUAUAAAGCAUGUGAGAUCUUUCAAGCAGAACCUACUUGCACCACAAGCAAUUCAGAUUUGACUGGUCUUAGCUUCAUGGAAGGUUGUUUCUGCGCCAGUGGUACUAUUCUCUUCAGCCCUGACACCGACCUGUGUGUGAAUAAAUGUGGGUGCAUCGGGCCUGAUGGAUUACCCAGAGAGCUUGAUGAAAAAUUCAAGUUCAACUGCCAGGACUGCGUUUGUGACAAGACCACACAUCGCGUCACCUGUCAGCCUCAUCGUUGUUCUCAUUUCCCCGAGCCACCCUGUGAUGGAGACGGACUUAUCAACGUUAACAUAACCAUGCCAGACGAUGAUUGUUGUACAAAACCUGUCUGCAGGUGUGAUAACAGCCUCUGUCCUCAGAAUGAAAUCCAAUGUAAACUUGGAUUAGAAGCAUCAUCAAAGAUUCUAGAAGGGAGCUGUUGCCCAGUUUAUUCAUGUGAGCCAAUGGGCGUUUGUGUAGAUGAUGGAAUUGUGUACCACCCUGGUGCAACCGUUUCCACCUCCAAAUGCCAAACAUGCACUUGUAACAAUGUGACAAAUACAACUACUCUUCUGAACACCAUGUUAUGUCAGAAUUAUGAAUGCAAGAAAGAUUGUGCACAACCUGGUGAUAAGUGGCAUUCGCCCAAUAACAACUGUACGAUUUAUGGAUGUAUGAGAAUUAAUGAGAGCUUAAUUUCGACCAUUUCCAAUGCCAUUUGCCCUGAUUUUCAUCCAGAGGACUGUGAACCAGGCACAAUUACUACAAUUAAAGAUGGCUGUUGCAAGACUUGUCACGUGAAAGAGAGCUGUAAGCUUAAGAAAACAAUGGUCCGCAUUACUCAUGAAAGCUGCAAAUCAGUAGAAAAAGUGGAAAUCGCUACAUGUGAAGGAUUGUGUGAGACUUAUUCCAUAUAUUCUUCCGAAGCAAAUUCAAUGGAGCAUAAAUGUACUUGUUGUAAAGAGAGGAAGACACACCUCAGACAAAUCAAUCUAGAGUGCCUCGAUGGAAGUGCUGUAGCUUAUUCAUACACCUAUGUUGAAUCGUGUGAUUGCUUUGAAAACACCUGCAAAAAUCAAACCUUGAGUACGGGACCAUACUCUCGAGCAAAGCACAUCCCUUCCACAGCCAACUAUUCUGCAGACAAAGGAAACGUAAUUAGUUCGAGAAGGGAGAAAAGCCCCAACAGUGCAAAUGAAGCCGCCAAAGGUAAAGCGGAAGGAAACCUGGAAAAGUAUCUUCCGGAACAGCAGCCGAUGGAGAGAAAACAAAGGCAGCGAAUGAACGUAAAGUAACUUGGAAAACCCAAGUAGAAUGUCAAUAAUGAUGGCGAAUCAAUUAAUUAUUUGCAAUUUGAAUAAAACGUUUGUUUAUUGCUUUCUUUUGUAAUGACCAAUAAUUACCAAUU